GUUAUGUUUGCGAAGUUCUCAACCGAAAAAGUGCGGAAAAGAUCUACUUUUUGGAUCGUGUGUUUGGAGAGUUGAAGCAAUUAUUUCUUGAAUAUCAGUUGUAUUGAUUUAUAAGUAACAAUGGUGAUGGAAGAGCAGCAAUCAGAUAUGGAACUGGAUUCUGAGAGAGUCCCUGUUCCUCAAGUGCAGAAACCAGUGGAAAAUUCACACAUAGAUAGAAUAAACAAAGUCACAAGUAUUUCACGGGGGAAACCUAGGCUUAGAAAGAAAGCAUUGAAUGCAGCAAUACGGAAACAAAUAGAAUUUUAUUUUAGCGAUGCAAAUCUAAGCAAGGAUCGAUUUUUAAAUGGAUUAGUUAAAAAUGAUCCAUAUAUUGAUCUCAGUAUUUUCAUUGCGUUUAAUAGAAUAAAAGAACUAACUACUGAUAUAAGUAGAAUAAACAAAGCAUUGCAAACAUCAACAAUGUUAUCUUUGUCUGAGGAUGGAACCAAGGUUCGUCGUAUAACACCAAUAGUGCUAAAAGAGAAUACUGAUGAGUGUACUGUUUAUGUACAAAAUUUACCACCAGAUGCUGACCAUGAAAUGUUAAGUACAAUGUUCUCCCAGUAUGGUGUAGUUGACUAUGUUUCAGUCCCACGUUAUAAGCAAACCAAAAAGAUAAAGGGAUUUGCGUUUGUGGAGUUCGAUACACCAGAAAGUGCUAACAAGUGUCUUCAGGCUUUUGAAAAAAAAGGCUGUGUUCUACCUUCACACACUGCUCCCGACGAACUGUUAAGUAUUACAACUUUCAGUGACACUGAGAAAGAUGUGACACUGAAGGGAAGGCCAUUGAAAUUGAAUGAGAAUAAGCAAUCUAUAGAAAAUACCGCGAAUGACGGGGAAUCAGACAGUUUUGAAAAUAACGAAGAAGACGUAACGAUAAAUAACACAUCAAAGCUUCAAGAGAAGGAAGGCGCAAUAGAAAUAAAAAAGAGGAAACUCCAGGACACAGAAUCAUCAGAAGCAGUUGAAACAGAAAAUGAAAUAGAUCACAAAGUGACAAAACAUAGAAGAAUGUCUACUAAUUCACAUAGCGACGAACUAAAGCAAAAUAAUAAGAUACAAAACAAUAUUUCUACGAAUGGCACGCCAAAAAAGUCGAAUGAAGAUAAAAAAUGCGUAUCCACUAACAAAGAAGAAAUAAUGGAUAAUGGCGACGAAAGCGAUCGAAUGAUAUUCGAAGAUAGUACCACCGACCAACAAGAGGAUACAGAUGAGAAGAAAAAGAAACGGAAACGCAAGAGGCGCAGUAAAGUGGAGGAUAUUACUUUCAGUAUGGGAUUGCAAGUAAUGGCUAAGAAAAACUGGAAGCAUCUUAGAAAUAAAUACUUAGAAUUACAGAGAAGUAAGAUGAAGCAAUUAAAGCAACAUCUUCGAAAACCGAGAUGGAACCAGUGGUCUAAUUAUGAGAAAAAUAAACUAGAGAAGGAGGACACUAAUGAGAAGGAGAAAAUGGGUAAACAGGAAGACGCAAGUUCGUGUCGUUUUUCAUUUACGCCAGGAGUUAUAGUUAAGAUCGAAAUGGACAAACCGUGCACAGAUCCAAAAGCGUUUAAGAUGGAAUUAAAGGGCAAUAGUUCUUUGAAGUAUAUAGAUGUUGCGGAGAGUUCUUUCCUUGCUUUUGUGAGGUGCGACACAGCAGAAGCGGCGCAGACAUUUAUCCAAAAGUCUAAUGAAGAAAGACAUAUGACAAUCCUAGAGGGUAAAGAUUCAUCAUAUAUUAAUUGCUGA